AUGUUUAAGGGACACAAAAUUCAUGCAACAUGUAGAAGGACAUUGAUUGAAAGUAAGAAGAGGCUUCUUACAGUUGGUUCCUGGCGUUACAUCCGGAAUUUUCAAAUUGCUCCUGCCGGUGGAGCAUAUCGAACCACCAAUCAUUCUUGGAAGAAGAGUUUCAAUCAGAAUACCGCCGUUACUCGAUCUAAUCACGUUAAUGACGAGUUGUACCUGUCUUUGAUCGACUUUCAAACCGUAUUGUCUGGAACACUCGAUGAUAAUUUCCUAAUUGAUGUACUCGGUCAAGUUAUUGAUUGUGGUGAUGUUGAGACCAUGCAGUGUACUGGGGGAAAGCAACGAAAGAAGCUUGAGUUCACUUUAAGUGAUCUCAAGAUCAACGAUGAUGCGAUGACUCUAACAUCAUUCCAGAGUAAUGACGACUCUCAAGAUGACAACAACAACCGAGUUGGAAUUUUGGGGAAGCGUGGUCAGCGUGAUAAGUGGUUACUCUUUCCCACCAAGACCAUCUAUGAAAUGAUAACCUCAACUCAAAGAGUGCUCAAAACCGGAACCACGUUUAAGAAAUUGAAUGGUAAAGAGAUCGUUCAACAUAAUUGGUGGUGUGAGGAAUGCAAAGACAGUGUCAUCGAUGUUUCACCAAGUGAUGAUUCAGGCAUCUCGAAUAUAAUGAUCUUGGAUCGUGUUGCUAACAACAUUGUGUCCGAAACUCCAGAAAAACUCCUCAAUGGAAGCUGGGAAGAGCUUCAAGAUCCAACAUUAGUACCAGACUGUAUUAAUGAUUUGGUUGGCAAAGAGUUCAUGUUUGGAGUCUAUAUUGACAAAGAAAAUGUUGCUUAUGGAAGUGAAUUUUAUAAGGUGGGAAAAAUCUAUAAAGAUAGACUCACUUCUGUUCCUGAUCCAAUCACACCAAGUCUAUCGAGCAAGCAGUUGACAUUAACCAGUGGUGAAGAGGGACAAACAUUGUCUGAAGUUGGUAUUUUUCUACCAAGACCUGUGUUUUCACACGGACAACUUUAUGUGGCUGUUUCCAGAGUGACUUCAAAGAAAGGCUUGAAGAUUCUGAUUGUCGACAGCGAAGGCAAGUCUCAACGCCAGACAAAGAAUGUUGUCUACAGAGAGGUUUUCGAUAAUCUUUGA